AUGGAAAUACAGCUCGCGGCGGCAGCAGUCCGCGCGCUCGAGGCAGCGCUCAAGCGGAAGCUCGAGGGGGAGGCGGUCGGGGACUUCAACGUCGACGCUGCGGCGGAAGCUUCCGCGCUCCUAAAGCGCGCGCGCGUCAACCCCGAGGGAGGCGCGGCUACGCAGAGCGGCAGGCCCGAGGCUGGCGCAGCAGGACGCGCCGACGGUUCUUCCGAUCGCGGGGAUGCUAAUAACGCUGACGCGAAUCGCGCAGAGAGUUCCAGAAGACCAGCUGCGGGCGGCAGCCGGCCGGCCGCGCGAGGUGGCGCCGAUGACGUCAUGCCGACGCGAUCUGAGCUGGAGGCGAUUUGGCAGUUAGUGCACUCGGGGUACUUCGCGGGCGGCGGGGAGGGAGAGCUGCGCGAGGGGCAGGGCGCGCACGAAGCGGCGGAUUUGGCGGGCGCUUCGGGCAGCAGAGGAGACGGGUCGUUGCCACGUGCCGUGGGAACGGCUGAGGUGGCAGCGCGAGAGGGAAGGGCGAUUCGGAAGGCCUGGGAGGAGUCUCUCUCCGCGCAAGGCGGGGGGGCGGGCGGAGGCGUGGGGGAGCGGGGCGGGAAGGCGGAUGAGUUUUUGGGCGGCGGGGGGCAGCAAUCGUCGAAGAAAGGGCAGAACCUGGGUCCCCAGGCCAUGGCCGCGCGGAUGCGGCGGGAGAGGGUGAAUGCGCGCAUGAGGGUGCUGCAGGGGCUGGUGCCGGGGGCGGCCACAAUGACCACAGAGAGCUUCCUGCUGGAGGCCGUUCACUACGUGCGCUUCCUGCUGCAGCAGGUCAUGGAGCUAUCAGAGCUCUACACCCCUCAGAACCGCAAUAGAGAGGAGGGGGAGGGGGAGAGUGGGGAGGCAGGGGAGGGUGCUGGAUGCAGCGCGGAGGGGGGGCCUGGGGGGAAGGGUGACGUGGACAGCGAGUUGAGGCGGGAAGGGCUGCGAUUGGUGCGUGUGGAUCGGCUGUUGCCGAUAGUGGGGCCUGCGCUGUUCCCGCCGUCUUUCGCGGUUGCUAUCUCACCCCUAAUGGCCGCCGUCGCCGCAUCGCUCGCGUCCGUAGCGUCCUGCGCCGUCAGCUCGGCGCGCUCUGCUGAAUCGAAGCCAUUGGUCCACGUGUCGCCCAUCAACAGGCUCAGGGUGUCGUACGCGAUCAGUCGGUCGCAGAGCCAGUCUCGUCGCACAUCGCUCACUGUCAGGGCGUCAGGUGAAUCUUCAGACACGCCAGCCACUGAUUCCCCUGCUGCCGCAGCUGCAGCUUCGGCAGGGAGCAAGCCCACACCUGAGGCCGCCUCGGCAGAGUCAACAUCAGCCUCGGGAGUGCCGGUCCUGACCAUAGUGGCCGGCUUCUUUCGAGCAACGAAUCUCGUCGUCACGCUCACGUCGUUACUAGUUUUCCUUAUUAUUCGCAUUUCACCUGGUGACGCGCGACUCAUGACGAAGGAUGACAGGAAGCGGAGAACGCGUGACGGGGACGACGGCGAGAGCGACGGAGAGGAGGAUGGGAAGGGGAGGCGGGGCGAGGAGGGAGGGAGGGAGAGGAAGGAGAGGAAGGAGAAGGAGCGAAAAGGAGGGCGACGGGAGAAAGGCGAGAGGCGACGGAAACGACGGGAGAAAAAGCGACGGUCUGUAAGCGACGAUGACGCCUCGAGCUCUGAUUGGUCGGGCUCCAGUCGUAAUAGCAGCGGUAGUGAGAGCAAAAGCAGCAGCGAUGCGGAUUCUGAUUCGUCGUCAGACGAUCGCAAGAAGAAGCGGCGGCGGGAGAAGCGGGAGAAGCGGGGAAAGGAGAAGGAGAAGCGGAGAAGGAAGGAAGGCGGGAGGGAGAACGAGCAGGACGGCGGUUCGGCAGAGGACCGGUUGGAGCGCGAUUUGCGGCGGAUGAUGCGGGAGUUCCCGUUGGACGUGUCGCACGAUCUCGUGCGCCUCCUCGAGCGCGUCGACGGCGGCGAGGCGGUGGACGUUGGCGGCGUCCCCGACCGCCGCCUCAAGAAGCUUCUCGGAAGCAUCUUCCGCUCGCUGGGGAUAGAUUCCCAAGGCAAGAGCAAAGGGAAAGGCGGUAAGAGUAAGCGCGCCUCGUCGUCCUCCCGCGCUUCGCUGUACCACCUUCCCAGUGCGGCUCCGCGCUGCCUGCCACGUGUCGUGCCGCUAGUGGCCAAUCUGCUGCAGAAUCUGCCGGAUCCCGAUGCUGCUGCUGUUGGGGCUGGUGGGGCUGGGGCGGAAAAUGGUGGCGGUGGGGGGAAGGGGGAAGAGCGCGGAGAGGGGAAGGAAGGCGGAAGCGACUUGGCGGAAGGGGGGUUGGGAAGGGGAGGAGACGAAGCGGCAGUGCCCCCCUCCUUCUGCACGGAGGGUUAUGCACCCCCCUCUGCACGCGCAACCUCCUCCCCCCCUGCACACGCGCCCCCUCCCCCCUCCUCAAGGAGCAUUCCCAAUUCCCCCCAAACCCCCCCUCCUCAACCCCCCUCCCUUUCCCAAUACCCCCCUACCACCAUGGGCCAGGCCAUGCUUGCAGCAGUACAGAUGGUCCUUACAUGUUUUCCCCCCAAUACCCCCCCUCCCUCCAUUUCACCCCGCUUCUCUCUCCCCCUGCAGCAGCACCGGCCCUGCCAUGACCACAGCAGCGCAGGGUCUUCUGACACGUUCCCCCGGUGCAUUGGCCCCGCCAUGCCCACAGCAGCGCAGCUGGCAGCUGCAGCGUCGCUCACCCGCGCCGUGGAGGAAAUGAAGGAGGCGGAGCAAGCAUUGCAAGACAGCCCUUUUGUGGGCCCCAUGCCCCCUGCCCUGGCUGCGGAAGCGGCCAACGCGACUCAGGCGGAGAAAUACGAGGAGGUGGAGCGCAUUCUGGACCCCGAGCUCACCGCGUACGCUAUCUUGGGGGUCACGCCUGCUGCUGGCGACGGCGAGAUCAAGAAGCGGUACUGGAAGGCGUCGCUCCUGGUGCAUCCAGACAAGUGCAGCCACCCGCGCGCUCAGGAGGCGUUUCUGCGGCUCAACGAUGCAGUGAACCGACUCAAGGACCCGACAAAGAGGUCAGUGGUGGAUGCGGAGAUUGCAGCCAGGGAAGAACGCAAGGCCAUGGAGGUGGAGCUGAGGGCGCUGAGGGAGGCGGCUGAGUGGCGCAAGCUCAGAG